GCAAGCCAUACUGUAAGGAAGCGAAAAAGAAUCCCAAACAGCAGACAUUUUGAUACGAGAAGUGUGGCCCUCUGAGGUCCUAAUGGAGGGAAGCUGGGGAGGACUGUGGACAGGACGUGAUGUAUCCCUGUGUUUCUCCGUGGGCCGGUGCUGAUGGGCGGGCUCCACGUGGUUAUGCCCAGCCUGUUCCCAGUAUCCGUCCUCCCUCACAGCCCCUUCCUGACCUGCUGUGUAGCUGCACUGUCACCUCAGCGACCGCUCCGGACCUGAGCCAAACAGACGUCGCGGACAUGGAGUCCGUCAUCGUCGUAACCGAGUACGAGCCCAGCGGCCCGUCGCCGCAAGACGGCGAGGACGAGGAGGUGGAGGACAUGGACAGCUCCGAGACUCCCGAACCCGCCUCCACGCCCUUACGCAUGCCUUCCUGCGACCUCCUGUCUCACACGGCGGGUCGCCCGGAGGCCCUGUUCCCCGAGCCUCAGGAACAUCGCGGCAGGCUCAACCUCUCGGACAGGAAGCUGUCGCUGCAGGAACGCUCCCAGACGCUCUCGUCCCCCUGUGGCUCUCCGGGCCUCAACGGGCGUUACAUCUAUCCCUCUCUCCCGUACUCGCCCAUCACCUCCCCUCACUCCUCUCCGCGCCUGCCCCGCAGGCCCACCGUGGAGUCCCACCGAGUUUCCAUCACUGACCUGCAGGAUUGCGUGCAGCUCAACCAGUACAAGCUGAAGGACGAGAUUGGAAAGGGCUCCUAUGGAGUUGUCAAGCUGGCAUAUAAUGAAGAUGACAACACAUACUAUGCGAUGAAAGUCUUGUCCAAGAAGCGUCUGAUGAGACAGGCUGGCUUUCCACGACGGCCUCCGCCUCGCGGUGCCAAAGUGGCCCCUGAGGGCCUCUCGCAGCCUAAGGGGCCCCUGGAGCGGGUGUAUCAGGAGAUCGCCAUCCUGAAAAAAUUGGACCAUCCCAACGUGGUGAAACUUGUGGAAGUGCUGGACGACCCCAGCGAGGACCAUCUGUACAUGGUAUUUGAGCUGGUUAAACAAGGUGCAGUGAUGGAGAUCCCCACUGAUAAACCACUCAAUGAGGACCAGGCUCGCUUUUACUUUCAAGAUUUGCUCAGAGGAAUUGAGUACUUGCAUUAUCAGAAGAUAAUUCAUCGGGACAUUAAGCCCUCCAAUCUGCUUGUCGGGGAUGAUGGUCACAUCAAAAUAGCUGACUUUGGUGUCAGUAACCAGUUUGAGGGUGCAGAUGCACUGUUGACCAGCACUGUGGGCACUCCGGCAUUCCUUGCCCCAGAGACACUCUCUGAAACCAGGAAGAACUUCUCUGGCAAGGCUUUGGAUGUGUGGGCCAUGGGAGUCACUCUGUAUUGUUUCGUCUUUGGAGUGUGUCCCUUCAUGGAUGAACGCAUUUUGAGUCUCCAUCAGAAGAUCAAGACUCAGCCUGUGGAGCUACCAGAGCAUGCAGACAUUUCAGAUGAUUUGAAGGACCUCCUCUUUAAGAUGCUGGAUAAAAAUCCUGAAACUAGGAUAACAGUGCCACAGAUUAAGGUGCACCCCUGGGUGACCCGUCAUGGUGCAGAGCCCCUUCCUCCUGAGGAUGACAACUGCUGCAGCCUGAUUGAAGUGACAGAAGAGGAGGUAGAGAACUCAGUGAAGCACAUCCCCAGUCUAGCUACAGUGAUCCUAGUUCGAACCAUGUUGCGGAAACGUUCGUUUGGGAAUCCAUUUGACUGGGCCCGAAGGGAAGAUAGGAGUUUGUCCACUUCGGGACAGCUGACAAGAGGGGGAGCAGGGAGUUUGAAAUACUGCUACAUUCAUGGUAACCAAAGGAAACAAGAAAGCGGGGAAGGCAUGAGGAGUAUGGACUUGCCCUUCGUGGGUGAAGAUGAAGUGCUUUCCUGA